AUGUCAAAUUUUGAUAUUGAUAUAAAUAACAAUAUAUUAAACAAUAGUAGUAAUUGUGCAAUAAAUAAUGACCAAAAUAACAAUAUUGAUCAAGUAAUUAAGAACUUAGAUCAGAACAACUUUAAAACCUUAAAAAUAGCUACACAAAACAUAAGAGGAAUAACUAACAUCACAAAACAAAUAGAUUGGUUAAAAUUUUGUGAAGAGAAAGAUUUAGACAUAGUUGGACUGACUGAAACCUGGGCAAAGGAGGAAAGUUGUGGAUAUAUAUUUAGAAAUGAUAUAAUCAAAGAAACACUAAGAAAAGACAAGAAUACUGAUGAAUAUAAGUACUUUUGGGCAAAUGGACAAAAAACAAAGGGAUCAGGAGUCGGAAUCAUGAUAAAAAAAACAUGGGCAAAACAUGUUUAUAAAAUUGACAAAUAUGAAGGCAAUGUGAUCUCUAUAAAAUUGUCAUUUAAAAAGAGAAUAAAAUUGCAAAUAAUUGUAGUAUAUUAUCCAGCAAGUGCAGACCAAAAGAAAUUAAGAACACAUGUAACAAAGUGGAUAAUACAAGAACUAAACAAUUGUAUAGUUAAGGACAAACAUUAUGCAAUAGUUAUGGGAGAUUUUAAUGCUACAUUCAAUCCUAAAAUUGACAGGUUCAAUGCUAAUAUAAAUGCAAGAAACAGAUCAGAUAAACCAGAAAGUCAAAUUUUAAGAUUUCUAGACAAUAAUAAACUUAAAGAUACAUUCAGAAUGUACAAAGAUGCAACAGUAAACACAUAUUUGCAAAAUAAAACAACAUUAAACUUUUCAUGGAGAAAUAGUACUCAAGAUAUCAAAAGUAGAAUAGAUCAAAUAUGGGUAUCAGAUAAUUUAGCAGACCAACUUUUUUGUGCUGACAUUAUACCCACAGAUUUGGAAAGUCACAGUGACCAUGCAUGUGCAAUGAUGGAAAUAGAAGAUAACAUAUUUAAACACACUAGUUCAAUAACAAAUCCAAAUGAAAGUAUGAACAGGAUAGAAUUUAAUUUUAAGGGAACAUCAGAAAAAAAAUGGAAAAAAUACAAUAAACAGAUUGAAGAAAUAAUAGGAGAAAAUACCUUUGUUGGAAAUGACAAUAUAGAAGAAAAAUGGAAUUUUUUCAGAAAUGUUAUAAUUCAAAAAGCAAAUGAAAUAAUUCCUAAAAAGAAAAAAAUGAUAUCUGGGAAAUAUGAAGAAUCCAAAGCAUUACAUAAUAACUUCAUUACAUAUAGAAAACUUAUAGCUAUAAGGAAAAUUUAUGAGUGGGGCAGACAAUAUUAUACCAACAGUAAACAAAAGGAUUUGUUAAAAGAGAAAAUAAGAAAAAAGAUAGAAAAAACUAGGGAAGACUAUAAUAUAGAAAUUACAAUUCCAAUAUGGACAGAAACAUCAAAUGAGAAUAAAAAUUGGUUAAAAGAGGUUAAAAAGAUGCAUCAUACUUUGCACAAGAUAUUUGAUGCAGAAAUAAAAGAGGCAAAUUAUAAGAAAAUUAAAGAACAAAUUAUUAAAAGAAAUAAAAACUUUUUGGAUAACAAAAAAAUAGUUAUUCAAAGUUUACUAAAUAAAGAAAGACCAAGAAUAGUAACAGAUAGUUUAUCCAGAAUAACCAACAAACAAAUUGAAGUAAUAACAGAUCCAGAAGAAAUAAAGCAAGAAAUCAAAAAUGUAUUUAGUCAUUGGAUCACACCAAAAAACAUAGAAGAUCUGAAUCAAUACCAAGAAUGGAAACAGACCUACAAUCAAAAUAAUGAAAUACGAGAGGAAUGGUAUUUACCACUUACAAAAAAUUUUACAGCAGAAGAAAUAGAAGGAAUUAUUAGAAAUUUACCAAAUAAAAAGGCACCAGGUCCAUCCAAUAUUUCCAAUGAACUAUGGAAACACAUGGGAAACAAUGCAAUUCAGUUUCUUACAAAUAUAUUUAACCAGAUCUUAAAAAAUAAAGAAGAAUUAAAAUAUGGUGAUAUGAGAAUACAGGAGAAAAGGAUUUUUAAAUACAAAAUAAACUCACUUGCAUAUAUGGAUGAUACCACAUACAUAUCCCAAGAUAAAAAGCAAAUGGAAAAGAUCUUAAAAACAGUGGAGGAAUUCUCACUAAUAACAGGUACACAAAUUAAUGCUGAGAAAUCUCAUCUUAUAUGUAUAAACAACCUAUCCAAAAACAAAGAAGAAAGAUCUAUCAAAUUUAUGGGAGAAGAAAUAAAUGCAAAAGACAAGGGAGAACAUGUAAGAAUAUUAGGUGUUUGGAUGUCAGCAAAUGGGAAGAAACAAUAUCAAAAAAAAUUGUUAGAAGAGAAGAAAAACAAAAUAAAAUGGCAUAAAACCAAAGAAGGAGAACACAAUCUUCAGAUCCCAUAUGGAGGGAAAAUAUUAAUGGAAACAAUAUUUAGAAGUAUUGGGCAAAAAUAUGAGUUACAAAGAAAAAGUUUAAGAGAAAAGAAAAUUUUAUAUUUGGAACAAAUUUUAGAUCUUGAACUUAAAAAAGUAAUGGAAUGGUCACACUUGCAAGCCAACUAUAAAAAUAGGAAGGGCAGAAUCCCAAAUUGGUAUAAACUUAUAAAGACCAAUGAAAAAAGAAUUUUGGAAAUUUUAUUAAUUCCUUGUGAAGGUUGUGAAGAAAAUAUUGGAGAUAAAGCAGAUGAAUGUGUUAUAAGACUGGACAAUAAGAAUGAGACAGAAAUAGAAAUACCUGUAGCAUACUCAAAAGCUUCAACCUCAGAAACAAGUAAAAAAAAAUAUAAACAUAGAAUAAGAAUGCCAUUUAAAAACAUUAAAAAAGCACUAGAGAUUAUAGAAUCUGCUAAUAAAGAACCAACUGAGAAUCAAGAUAUACAUUCAAACAUAAAUAAUAUUGAAACAAACCAAAAUAUCAUUAGAAAAUGGUUAAUAACAGAAAAUUCAACAAUAAAAGAAAUUAUAGAUGAAUUGAAACUACAAAUCAUAUUACAUAAGGUUAAAGCACAUGAAGGAAAUCAUUUUAAUGAAAUAGCAGACCAACAGGCACAAGUUACAGAAAAAACAAUAAAAAAUGGUCAAUCAAUUAAAAUUAAUUACAAAAGCAUUGAAAGUAGAUCAUUUAUUCCAACAUGGGAAGAAAUACCUCUGGAGCUACCAUUAAAACAAACAUUUAAAAAAAUAAAUCAAAUCAGAAAUAGGCAAAGAUGGAAAUUGCAAAAAAGAUUUCAAAGAAUUCUAGAUAAUGAAAAAACACAAAAAAUUGAUUGGACAACCACAUUUAAAUCAUUGCACCCCAGUAAGAUAACAGAUCAUAAUACAAGUAAAGAAGACCAGGUUAAAAGAAGCUUUGCAAUGAAACUCUUCAAUGGAGAAUUACCAGUAAUGCUCCAAAGAUUCAAGCACCAACCUCACAUAUAUAAUAAUCCAAAAUGUAUACUAUGUGGAAGAUAUGAGGAAACUGAUAUACAUGUGUUUGAAU